CUGUUGCAUACAACUAUAUGCAAAGAUGUGCAUGACUUUAUUUCAAAAUCAUUGGCGUAUGUGAAUACAAAAUGAAAUCCUUUGUAUUUACAAUUUGGACCGUACAUUUGUAUCUUGAACUUUUUUUAAUAUGACAAAUAACGUUCUUUCCACGUAAAUAGAUGUUUACAAUGACUGCUUCCUAUUGACAUCAUGUAGGAACAAGUUACUUUCAAAAGGAAAAUGAUAAUGGAAUUCUAGAGCUCAUAGGAACUGCUCGAAUUUGAAUUUUCCCCGAACUCGAACAGAUCUCCGAGGUUCCAAGAGUUCCGACGUGGGCAGAUCCACCUUUUAUAUUUUUGCAAUGGUGUUUACCACGAUUACCUAAUGAGACUUUGAGGUUUUAUAGGAGGCAAUAUCUGGAAUCAAACAACUACCGAAGAAGUCGAUCAACUAAGAUUUUAGGAACUACUGUCGAUUCGAUUGAAUCUCAAUCAGCUAUAUUGUUAAUUGCAUAGUUUCUAAAGUUUAAGUACCUUGCAGUUGAUAAGUGUGUCAUGCUAAUGUAAAUAGACCUCUGGGAUCUUUGGUUUGAUAAGAGGGGUGUGUGAAUGUGAAGUGAUAAGAAAGAUGAGAUACACCGAUAUUUAGUGGAGUUUGGUCAAUAUGAGCAUACUGUUAAUUGCAAUGCUACAUUAGCAUAUUGUCCGAAAUAUAUAUACAUGGGACAUUUGGGCAAUUUACCCGUUUAUAGAAGGUGAGAACAUCUUUUCAUCUUAAGGAGAAGAAGGGGAAAGGAAAAACUUGUUAAUCCUUCGGUAACAGAGAGCAGGCAAGUUAUGAUCCAAUGAUUGGCAUGAGCUUUCCUCUAACAAUAAACAAAUGAAGGGAUACUAUAUUGCAAUUUAGUUAUCGUGUCGCGGUAUUUCAUUUCGCAAUUGAACCAUGAACUUCAACUAGUCCUGCUCUUUGCUCAAGUAUUUCAAGAUGGCGGUCAAUUGCUCUAAACUCUGCGGAAGCUGUUUAGGAGGGGAAUGGAGAAAGCACUCUCAGAAGAUUUUUCUGGCCGUCUACCUAGUAAUCGCAGUCGUAGCGUUUGCUCUGACAAUAUGGGAGACCGUCGUCACCUCUAUGAAUUCUGAUGAUCCGGUAAACUAUCUUUGGUUUGUUGCUGGGAUAUCUGCACAGCUUGCUACCGCCAUCUCAUUCUGGAAUAUCUUUAAUCACCUGGUUUAUUACUCAAAACCAAGCCAGCAGAAAUAUAUAGUCAGAAUGCUAGGUAUUGUUCCCGCACAUAGUAUCAAUUGCUGGUUUUCGAUCAAGUUCGUCAAGUCGGCCAUCUAUCUGGAUACGAUACGUAAUUUCUACCAGGCUGUUGUCAUCUACUGUUUCAUGUCUCUACUAUUGGUUUACUUGAACGAAACAUUCGACGAUCUGGAGAAAAUCCUCAUCAGCAAACCGAAAUUCAAACCCCAACCACCUUGCUGCUGUGUAAAAGCCGUCCCAAAUAAAAGGUUAAUUGGAAGGUGCCGAGCUGGUGUUCUGAACUAUACAAUACUACAUCCAAUCAUCACGAUAUUAACUAUAAUAACAACCAUUACAGGUCAUUAUACUGAAGGAAGUUUCAUUGGGCUAUGGAUCUGGUUUGCAAUAAUAGAUGGAGUCUCCCAAGUUUGGGCGAUGUACUGUUUGAUGGUAUUCUAUCGAGCCACAAAGGAAGAACUAGCUGGGUUGCAUCCAAUCAGUAAACUAAUCACGGUCCAGCUUACCAUCUUCGGUGCUUUCUUCCAAUCCUUCAUCAUCGCUCUCGUCAUCGGUCUCAGUAAUCCAAAACUGGAUCCAGAGAACUGGGGCUAUGACGAUCAGCAGAAACUGCGCUUCUCAAGGUUCAUACAGGAUUUUAUACUGUGCAUUGAGAUGGGUUUAUCAGCAGUGGGUCACCUCUACGCAUUUCCAUACACGACCUACAAGGAUGUGAAUAAACCAGCAAACUUCAUGAAAUCCUGCAUCUCAUGUUGUUCAGUCACAGACAUUGCUCAGGAUAUAUCUUCACACGUCAAGAGGUUAUCAUCUAACAAGCCUAACCUGGCCAAUCAAAUUGUAUACGAGCAGUAUGACGAAGACCAGCCCAAUGUUGAAUUGGAUGACAUGAUGACCAUCGUAAAACAAGGCGAAAGCGUUGGCGAUGCCUCAUCGGAGACGAGGACGACCACCGCUUCAUCCAACAUCGUCAUCAAAGAGAACAUCGUUGAUGUCGAGGUUGAUGAUAAGAAUAUGGAUGAAAUGGUUGCUGGUGAUGUUGCAAACGGCACGGGACUAAGAACUGUGCGUCAUGAUAGCGGGUCGUACUCGACCAAUGGCAACAGCGUGGCUGGCAAUGACGAAAUCGACCACGGUGUUGGGAACAAUGGAACGGUGAAUGAACUGGAUGACGAUGAGCAGGAGGGAGGUGACUUUGACUUGGGACUAUACACACAGACUGUCAGGAGUGAUGUGACAUUCAAUAUGGAAUUCGACGCGUGAUAAUGGACAUUGGAAGUUAGCAGGUACUACAAUGACGUGAUGCAAGACGGUGGAGCCAAGAAGGUCUUCAAGAAGGGAAUCUUCUCGCUUGAAGAACUAGUAUUUAGUAUUUUUGAAUGUAAACUUUGGGUAAAGAGCUCUAAACUGUUGAGACGAUGAUGGUGACAAAGUCCCUUUUAAAGUUGAAUGAGGUUCAAUUAUGCCGAAAUAAUCAUGAAACAGAUAGCUGCAAACAAGGGUAACAGUUAAAGGUAUAUCAAGGAAACAUGACCUUUUGAUACCAUUCUGAUCUCCAGCGAAUAUUGGGGAAAUAAUUAAAAAGAAAUCCUUCUACGUAUACAUGUAUACCAGGUUCAUUCUACAUAUUCCUAUUAUCAAAUCAAACUUUGAAAGACAUCUCUGUCAGAUGCCUCCAUCGAAACAUUUUAAUCAUACAAAGUAACCAUCCAGUUUAAAUAGGUAACAGAUAACCUCUUUGUUUCUUUGUGUUAUUGUCACUAUAGCUUUUCGAUCACCUUUUCCAUUUCCCUUAUAGGCAAUUUCAUAUUUUCUAAUCAAUAUAGACGAGAAGUGAAUCAAUGGUAUUACUUUAAUACCGAGAAGUAUUCUCUUUGAACUACCAAAAAUAAUGACUGGUACUCUUCAAUAAUUAACAAUAAACGAAAACAAGAAACAUUUGCUUACAACAGCAGAUAUCUUGUCACCCCUAUAAUGAAUUACGCGAGCAAGCACAGCGAAGGUAAAAUCGGUAGAAUUAGUAUAGGGAGGGGGUAUAUGACUUCAGUCUCGAAACUCAAAUAGAGUGGCGGUUUAUUCCAUUUUCUUCACAAAAGAUGACGAACUUUCCGUGCUGGUGCAAAUGAUGUCGUGUGUAAAUUUCUUAUUUCGCAUUUCAAAUGAAUUCCAGCUCACGGCGCUCUCUUUGUUGAUCCAUUAAUUUUCUUCUACAAUUGAAAUAUAUUUUUAAAGAUAUUUGUAUUCGAUGUCUAUCUGUUUACGAUUGUGUUAUUUAUUGGAUCCCUCCACCAAGAGGUACUUCUCAUCAUCCCAUCCAACUUUCGUCAAUCGUCAAUUUUCUUCGAGUUUCUACCUCACAUACAAAAUUUAGUUCGAAAGAAUGAGUCAAGAAUCUGUGAUAUACAAUACUCGGCAGCGGGUUAAAAAAACAGUUUUCUCUACCAUCUCCGCCUCCUUCUUGAAAGAUUUUUGUCGGUUUUGAUGCACACCCUCCCCUCUUCUUCCCCUUCUUCUUUCUCCGCCUUCUCCUAGCUCCUCAUCCUCUUCCAUCUCUUGCUCUUCCCCGUUCUCAUCUUGCAGCUCCUCCUACUGAUCCUUCAGCUCCUCUUUUAACUUCAUUUUGUCCACCUGCUCUUCCUCCACCUCAACCAUGUCAACAUCUUGGUGGCUCUUCACCUUCACUGACUUCAUCUUCACCCCCCUCAUUCUGCUGAUGAUCAUCAUGUUUCUUCACAGUCUGAUGUUGCUCCUCCUCUAUCUGCUGAUGUAUUCUCCUUGUCAUCUUGCUCCGUCGUGGAGCUGUUUGAGCUCCUCUCUACCUGCACUCCUGUCUCCUUUUGUGUCAUCUCAUCCUCUCCAACCUCCACCUCCUGUUGAUCCCCCUUCCUCCUCCUCCUCCUUCUCUUCUACAUCACUAUGAUGCUGAUGCUCCUCCUCUACUUUCUGUUGUUCUACUUAAUCCUUGACGGGCUGCUCCUCCUUCUCCACAACCUCCUCUUCUUCCUCUACACAUUCUCCUGUUACUGCAGUUACUGCUGCUCAACCAAGUCCUCGUGCUCCUCCUAUACUUGUUCUCUUCUAUACCUCCGCGACCUGCUCAUGAUGCUGCCUCUCCUCCCCAACCAGAUCAUCGUGCUUCUCUUCUACUUUCUGUUGUACUUCUACCCAA